AUGUCUAACCCCGGCCCACCACUCUUCAAUGUGCCCAACACCAAACGCACAGGCACCAAGUUGCCGACACUUCUCAUCCCGUCUUCAAGGAAGCCUCCACCAAUUGACUUUCUGAAAGUCAGUGGCUCUUACUCGUACACACCCGAAACGGUAUCUCCGCUUCCCAACACUUCCGUAGAUCCGGCUACUAAGAAGAUCGAGGAGUUGACUCCAGACGACUGGAGAUACUUGGCUAACAACAAGAAGAUAGUAGAAAUCAGCAAGCUAGGAGAAGGUAAUGGAGGCAGCGUCUCCAAAUGUAGAUUGAAGGGAAAUUCUAAGGUGUUUGCCUUGAAGCUCAUCAAUGCUGACCCCAACCCAGAUGUCCAGAAACAGAUCAUCCGUGAAUUGCAAUACAAUCGGCUCUGUAAUUGUCCAUACAUUGUACAGUACUAUGGCACGUUCAUGGUGGAAGCCCAGUCUAUGAUUGGUAUCGCUAUGGAGUACAUGGGAGGUAAGUCGCUUGACUCGAUCUACAAGCGGGUGAUCGAAUUGGAUCCCACCAAUCGCAUCAACGAGAAGGUCAUGGGCAAGAUUUCUGAAUCGAUUCUACGUGGUUUAAAUUAUUUACACCAAAACAGAAUCAUCCAUCGUGACAUUAAACCUUCCAACAUCUUGUUAGAUUCCCAGGGAAACAUCAAACUCUGUGACUUUGGUGUAUCUGGUGAAGUCGUCAACUCAUUGGCUACAACAUUUGUGGGAACUCAGUACUACAUGGCACCUGAAAGAAUCAGAGGCCAGCCCUACUCUGUGACUUCAGAUGUGUGGUCAUUAGGACUCACGUUGUUGGAGGUUGCUACUGGUAAGAUUCCGUUCGACAAUGGGUCAGAUUUGGCUACGUUGGGCCCGAUAGAGCUCUUGACAUUGAUCUUGGAAUACGAGCCUAAACUCCAAGACUUGCCGGAAGAUGACAUAUACUGGAGCGAGUCGUUUAAGAACUUUAUCUCAUACUGUCUCAAAAAGAAUAGCAAUGAAAGACCCAGUCCUCGACAAUUGUUAAACCAUCCAUGGAGUGUGGGUCAGCUGACAAUCAAAGUGAGAAUGGACAAGUUUGUACGAAAGUUGUGGGGAGAUCCUGAGGAAGAGUAA